AUGCGUUUCGGCAAGACGCUGCGCGAGUCCGUCUACGCGCCAUGGAAGGACAAGUACAUUGACUACGCCAAGCUCAAGUCGCUCCUGCGCGAGGACAAGUACGAGGAUGAGGAUGUGCCCUGGACCGAGGAGGACGAGAGCCGCUUCUGCGACGAGAUCUUCAACACCCAACUCGAAAAGGUCGCCGAGUUCCAGGAGAAGACUGUGGAGGGUCUGCGAGAGCGCGUCGAUGCCGCCUUUGAGAAACUCAAGGACAUGGUGCCCGCCGAGGACAGCGCCGAUCGCAGCGCCGACGACAAGUCCAAGCGCCAAGCUCUGACGACCCAACAGAAGCAGCAACUCAAGGGGCUCGAGGCCGAGCUCGACAGCAUCACCAACGAGAUUGGCGAGCUGAAGAAGUACAGCAACAUCAACUACACUGCCUUCCUCAAGAUUGUCAAGAAGCAUGACCGCAAGCGCGGCGGCCGCUACAAGGUCCGCCCCAUGAUGCAGCUGAGCCUGUCGCGCCGGCCCUUCAACUCGGAGCAGGGCUACUCCCCGCUGCUCAACAAGCUGUCCAUCCUGUACUACGCCCUGCGCCAGCAGCUCGAGGACGAAGCCGCCGACAUCCAAUUGCCCAGCGAGCUCGAGGAGCAGGGCGAGACGCACAACGGCGAGCGCUACACGGCACACAAGUUCUGGGUUCACCCCGACAACCUCCUCGAGGUCAAGACGUAUAUCCUGCGUCGCCUGCCCGCCCUCGUCUACAGCGAGCAGUCUUCCAAGGGUCUCGAUGUCGCUAACGACCCCACCAUCACCUCCCUCUACUUCGACAACAACAAGUUUGAGCUCUACUCCAACAAGGUCGACCGCCAGGCCGAGGCCUCCUCUUUCCGCGUCCGCUGGUACGGACAGCUGUCGUCCAAGCCCGAUCUGACCCUCGAGCAGAAGACGGUCGGCGAUCACGGUUCCAGCGAGGAGCGCCGCAUGGUCAUCAAGGAGAAGUACGUCAAGCCCUUCCUCGACGGCGAGUACAAGAUGGACAAGACGAUCCAGAAGAUGAAGCGCCAGAGCCAGGCCGCUAGCGAUGUCGAAGCCUUCCGCAAGACGGACAUCAACCAGAGCGAGGUCUCCCGCUUCCCCUACGCCGUUCUGGAGAUCAAGCUUCGCGACCUCGGCAAGAAACGACCUGCGUGGAUCGAGGACCUCAUGGGUUCCCAUCUCGUGCACCCGGCUCCACGCUUUUCCAAGUUUGUGCAUGGCGUUGCCUCCCUCUUUGAGGACUACGUCAACAACUUGCCCUUCUGGCUGAGCGACCUCGAGGGCGACAUCCGCAAGGAUCCCCAGAAGGCCUUUGAGGCCGAGGAGAAGCGUCGCUCCCAGCGGGCCGAGGACGAGGUCGCCGUCGGCAGCUUCCUCGGCAAGCGUGUGAGCUCGUACAAGGCGUCGCGCAGCUCACCUGCCGGCCAGUCGUACCUCGCCGACCGCAUGGCUGCCGAAGCGAGCCUCGCGCGUUCCGUGCCGAGGGAGCCCACCGUUGAGGAGGCUGGCGAGCCCAGCGAGGGCCGGGAGCAUGACGAAGAGCAGGAGCAGGGGCAGGAGCAGGACGGCGAUCAAAGGACCGGCUACGGUACGCUGUCGGCCGUCUUGCCCAGCUUUUCCCUGUCGCGGUACUCCCGUGCCCGCCACGAACGCGAGAGGCCGCUGCCUGAGGGUGUCGUCGAGCCGAGCGAGUGGAUCAAGAACACUGGCGAGCUCAAGAUCGAGCCCAAGGUGUGGCUGGCCAACGAGCGUACGUUCCUCAAGUGGCAGCACAUCUGCAUCUUGCUCGGCGGCUUGGCCGUCAGCCUGUACUCGGCCGCUGGACGCAACACUCUGGCUGAGGUCAUGGGCAUCAUGUACAUCCUCAUUGCCGUGUUUGCUGGUGGCUGGGGCUACUGGAUGAUGGGCGUCAGGCGGCGCAUGAUCAUUGAGCGCAGCGGUAAGGAUUUCGACAAUGUGAUCGGACCGCUGGUGAUCAGCGUGGCGCUGAUGAGUGCGCUGAUCCUAAAUUUUGUCUUUGCGUACCGACGCGCCGUCGAGAGGUGGGACUACGACAACGGUCGUAACGCGACCCAGCCGUUCAGCGAGGAGUUGCGAUAG